GGUGCCACACUGCACAGGCACCAAUCCCCUCUUCCCCGACUUCAAGUGUUAAUGCAAUUGACCAAUCAGUGCUAAGAUGAUGGGAGGUAAUUGGGUAAUUGUAUUUUACUGAUCGCAAGCAGGGAAAGGGAAAGGAAAAGAGGUAGGAAAGAGGGGAAGAGGGGGGAAGAGGACUGUAGUCCGGAGGAGAUUUUGGCAACUAGGACCCAACACAUCGGGACGUGGCACUGGCCGAAAGAAAUCCUUAGGCUAGCAGGAGCUGCCGCCGGCACAGGGAGCGCAUUUAUUUAUUUGGGGGGAAAAGAGGGGAGAGGAGCAGGAGUGGGAGGAAGAGUUCAAGCAGAAGUGGAUGGAAGGGGACCGGGAUUUCUGCAGCGCAGGGAGCCACGAACCAGGGCGACGGCGCUAAGGACGUCGCCGAGCAGCUGCGCUCCCGAGAACGCGUCUCCUCCGAGGACCGGCGGGCGACGGGAAGGUCUGCGCGAAGAGGAACCAACUUGUGGCUCCAAAAUGUACCCGACGCAGCUGGAAAUGAUAUCAAAGCUGCAGUUUCGUUCGAGAAGGAUGAGAGGAGACAGCAAUUAGGGAUUUUUUUUAAACGUCCUUCGCUCCUUGUUCUAUUUUUUUUCUCCCCCAUUUUAUUACGAUUUUUAAAUUUGCCUUGACACCCCGUGGGUCCCCUCAUUUCGCCCUCCCUGUUUGAAAUAAAAACCCCGUUUUAACUUCUCUCUCUGAGGCGCGUCUGGAUCCGCUCCCGGCUGAUGGAGGAGAAGAGGACCCUGAGGCUGGCAGGGGCCACCAGCGAAGGAUCGCGUCACGCGUCUCUCCCGUGAUCCCGGGCCUGACCGCGGAGUUCGGCAACACCUGGAGGAUCCGGACCGGGUGCCCGGGGUGGGGGCGGGGACAGAAGAAGCAAAAGCCACCCGAGCCUUUAAAAAAAAAAAAAAGCGGGGGGAGGAAUGGGUUUCUUCUUGACAGCUGACGGAGCCUUGAAAUUUUCUUCCACUACCCCCGCCCCCGCCCCCCGCACUCCAUUUAACGUGAGAUUAUGAAAUUGCAGAGGCGGUGGAUGGUAGGAGACAGGAUAUAACGGGGAGUUUGGAGGGAGAGGGGAAGGUGGCUGGCCGGGUGGCUGUGACUGAACCAAAAUUCCAGUUGCGCACUGGGCUGUGAUGAGAAAUCUAAUCAGAUCUUUGGAGAACGGGCCGGCCAGAAUGGCGAGUGGGGGGAGCUGAUCCCCGAAUUGUUCGAAGGGGGUGGCUGGGGAGAGGAAUCGGCAACGUGAGAGGAGACUUUUUUGGUGACGGUGGCGGUUGGGUGCCUUGCGAAAAUGAAGGAUGCGGGACGCAGCUCUCCCUCGGAACCGAACGCAGUGGAUAAACUGAUUGUGCAAGAGGGAAGGAAGUACGAAGCUUUUUCUUGUGAAACCUGGAUCUUAACACAAAUGUGUAUAUGGGCACACAGGGAGCGUUGAAAAAUGAAAUACACCAGUGUCAGACCCGCCAGGGUUGGUGUGUUCUGACAUAAAUAAUACUAAAACAGCUGCUCCGCCUCCCCAAAAGGAUGGUUGGAAGUGGAGAACCGAGGAUCCACAAAGAAAAAGUAUGCUCAUUUUUUUCUGUAAAGGAGAAAGUAAGCCAAGGAGAUAUUUUUGGAAUUGAAAGUUUGGGGCUUUUUUAGGAAAGUAAAGACUUGGUAUGGUGGUGAUUUCCUUUCUUUUUGAAUUUCCCACAAGAGGAGAGGGAAUUAAUAAUACAUCUGCAAAGAAAUUUCAGAGAAGAAAGUUGACCGCGGCAGAACGAAGCAUUGAUUAGGGGAGAGAAACCAGUAAAGCACAGUUGGAUUUGUGCCUAUGUUGACUAAAAUUGACGGAUAAUUGCAGUUGGAUUUUUCUUCAUCAGCCUCUUUUCUCUCCCUCCCCCUCUCCCUUUUUUUUUUUUUUCUGGUGUCAAGAUCCUGCAUUUUCGCUUGUACUUAACCACCUGGAUUUCCAUCUGGAUGUUGCUGUGAUCAGUCUGAAAUACAUCUAGAGAGAGCCUUCAUGUUACCAGCUUGACACCAGAGAUGACUCUCCUUGGGAUUCACUUUUCUUACAAUUUGAACUCCAAAAGGACCAACACCAGAUAAAUUAUGCAUGUUGAACAAGAUGACCUUACACCCACAGCAGAUAAUGAUAGGUCCUAGGGUUAACAGGGCCCUAUUUGACCCCCUGCUUGUGGUGCUGCUGGCUCUUCAACUUCUUGUGGUGGCUGGUCUGGUGCGGGCUCAAACCUGCCCUUCCGUCUGCUCCUGCAGCAACCAGUUCAGCAAGGUGAUUUGUGUUCGGAAAAAUCUACGUGAGGUUCCAGAUGGCAUCUCCACCAACACUCGGCUGCUGAACCUCCAUGAGAACCAAAUCCAGAUCAUCAAAGUGAACAGCUUCAAGCACUUGAGGCACCUGGAAAUUCUACAGUUGAGUAGGAAUCAUAUUAGAACCAUUGAAAUCGGGGCCUUCAAUGGUCUGGCGAACCUCAACACAUUGGAACUCUUUGACAAUCGUCUUACUACCAUCCCAAAUGGAGCUUUUGUAUAUUUGUCUAAACUGAAGGAGCUCUGGUUGCGAAACAACCCCAUCGAAAGUAUCCCCUCUUAUGCUUUUAACAGAAUCCCUUCUUUGCGACGACUAGACUUGGGGGAAUUAAAAAGGCUUUCAUACAUCUCAGAAGGUGCCUUUGAAGGUCUCUCCAACUUGAGGUAUUUGAACCUUGCCAUGUGCAACCUCCGGGAAAUCCCUAACCUCACACCUCUCAUAAAACUAGAUGAGCUGGAUCUUUCUGGGAAUCAUUUGUCUGCUAUCAGGCCUGGCUCUUUCCAGGGACUGAUGCAUCUUCAAAAACUGUGGAUGAUACAGUCCCAGAUUCAAGUGAUUGAACGGAAUGCCUUUGAUAACCUUCAGUCACUAGUGGAGAUAAACCUGGCACACAACAAUCUAACAUUACUGCCUCAUGACCUCUUCACACCCUUGCAUCAUCUAGAGCGGAUACACUUACAUCACAACCCGUGGAACUGUAACUGUGACAUACUGUGGCUCAGCUGGUGGAUAAAGGAUAUGGCCCCCUCCAACACAGCUUGUUGUGCCCGGUGUAACACUCCUCCCAAUCUGAAAGGGAGGUACAUUGGGGAGCUUGACCAGAAUUAUUUCACAUGCUAUGCUCCCGUGAUUGUGGAGCCCCCAGCAGACCUCAAUGUCACUGAAGGCAUGGCAGCUGAGCUGAAAUGUCGGGCCUCCACGUCCCUGACCUCUGUAUCUUGGAUUACUCCGAACGGAACAGUCAUGACACAUGGGGCAUACAAAGUGCGGAUAGCUGUGCUCAGCGACGGCACGUUAAAUUUCACGAAUGUAACCGUGCAAGAUACAGGCAUGUACACGUGCAUGGUGAGUAAUUCUGUUGGAAAUACCACUGCUUCAGCCACCUUGAAUGUUACUGCAGCAACCACUACUCCCUUCUCUUACUUUUCAACCGUCACGGUAGAGACUAUGGAACCUUCUCAGGAUGAGGCACGGACCACAGAUAACAAUGUGGGCCCCACUCCAGUGAUUGACUGGGAGACCACCAAUGUGACCACCUCGCUUACGCCACAGAGCACAAGGUCAACAGAAAAAACGUUCACCAUCCCAGUGACUGAUAUAAACAGUGGGAUUCCAGGAAUUGAUGAGGUCAUGAAGACUACAAAAAUCAUCAUUGGCUGUUUUGUGGCCAUCACACUCAUGGCUGCAGUGAUGCUGGUCAUUUUCUACAAGAUGAGGAAACAGCACCAUCGGCAAAACCAUCACGCCCCAACAAGGACUGUUGAAAUCAUAAAUGUGGAUGAUGAGAUCACAGGAGAUACACCUAUGGAAAGCCACCUGCCCAUGCCUGCUAUCGAGCAUGAGCAUCUAAAUCACUAUAACUCUUACAAAUCUCCCUUCAACCACACAACAACAGUUAACACAAUAAAUUCAAUACACAGUUCAGUGCAUGAACCGUUAUUGAUCCGAAUGAACUCUAAAGACAAUGUACAAGAGACUCAAAUCUAAAACAUUUACAGAGUUACAGAAAACAAACAAUAAAAAAAAGACAGUUUAUUAAAAAUGACACAAAUGACUGGGCUAAAUCCACUGUUUCAAAAAAGUGUCUUUACAAAAAAAAAAACAAAAAAGAAAAGAAAUUUAUUUAUUAAAAAUUCUAUUGUGAUCUAAAGCAGACAAAAUUAUGUGUAUUCCUCAGAACCUGUUUUUGCUGCACUUAUUUACUAUUUUCCCACAUCUCAUCCCUCCCUUUCCUGGUUGCCAUAUUUUUCAUAGGUCUCAAUUCCUUAAAGAACUGGUCUAGGAAAUUUUGUAAGAAUUCUGUUACACUUUGAGAUUUUUAUGGUGAAUUCUAGUGGUGACAUCCAGUCUAUCUUGUAUUUCUUUCUUUCCUUUUUUCUUCUCUUUUUUCCCCCUCAUGACCUUAUGAAGUAGCCCAAUGGGGAAUGCAAUAUUAGAAAUAGAUUUUUAAAAGAGAACAAGGAAAAAAAAUGCAAGAUCUUAUAUUUUUCAUGUAAAUGACCUGUUCUGUAUUUAUGAGGAGGAUCAAUGGAAAAGAAAAAAAUAGUAAACAAACAACAGAUUAAUUUACAUAUGAGGUUCUAUGAAACCCAUGACCUUUUAAACAACUCUAGAACCAGAAUUUGUAGUUCAAAACCUAAAAAUAAGAUUAUAAAUAAAAUAUUGUUGGUUUUUCUGUA